AUGUGGCAAAAUCUGAAGAAGAGAGGCAUAUACUCCAAGGAAGCAUGCCGGUUAAUGUGUGUUCUUGCAUCAAAGGGAGUCCCACAGGAGAGGGUUGGUUUUGUUGCCUCAGAAUGCACAAAUACUUUUGGUGUUACACUCAAGGGAAGGCCAAGUAGAUGGACAGUUGGCCGUGCCAUAACUGAGGGAGAAGUCGCAGCAAAUAUGCAAAUUGCAUAUGAACUGCAGAAUGCAAAAUGUAAAUCUGAUGGGACAACAAACCGAAAUGUCCAUUUCACAUCAAUUCAUGUAACUGGGGAAUUCUCAGCCCAUGGCAAGGACAGACCACAAACAAAGAUGCAACAACUCACUUUUGGCAUCCAUUCUACACCCACCCAUACCAGCGAAGAGCAACUAAUCCUCAUGAAGAAUGUCAUUGGGACAUUCUUUGAUACCAUGUCCCAUGCACCACCAAUAGAAGGGUACAAUUCCGCAUUAGGUGUUGGGGAUGCCACAAGACAUCUAAGCGGCAUGAACUCAGACCAUGCAGAAGAU